AUGCAGAACCACAACUUUGAGAUCAAGCUGGGAAUGAUCAACCUUGUUCAGAACAAGAUGUUCCAUGGAUUGCCAAGUGAAGACCCCAUUGACCACCUUGAUGAGUUUGAUAGGCUUUGCGAUUUGACAAAGAUCAAUGGUGUUUCUGAAGAUGCCAUCAAGCUGAGACUCUUUCCUAUGUCUCUAGCUGACAAAGCUCACCAAUGGGAGAAGAGCUUGCCCCAUGGCACAAUCACCACUUGGGAUGAAUGGAAGAAGGCCUUUCUUGCUAAAUUUUUCUCCACCGGUCGCACAGCCAAGCUUAGGAGCGAGAUAUCGAGUUUCAUCCAGCGAAACAAUGAGACAUUCGCUGAGGCUUGGAAGAGGUUCAAAAGCUACACAAGUCAGUGCCCACAGCAUGGAUUCAACAAUGAAUCACUAAUCUCCACUCUUUAUAGAGGAUGCUUGCCUAGGUAUAGGGAGAUGCUGGACACAGCAAGCAAUGGCAACUUUCUAAACCAAGAUGUAGAUGAUGGUUGGCAGCUUGUUGAGAACAUCGCUAACUCCAAUGGAAGUUAUGGAGAAGAGUAUGAUCGCACCAAUCGGAGCUCGACCCACCACUCGAUCGAGUCAGACAAAAAGUUGAGAAAAGAUGUUAAGGCAUUGAAUGAGAAGUUGGAUAAGCUGAUCAACCCACCAACCGCCCCAGCCUGCACCUUCACAAGAGAAUGA